ACUCAGUAAAAUAAUUAUUUUAUUAUCAAGCCAAAUUAACAGAAUAAACACUUCGGAUUGAAACUUAAAUAGACGAUUCAAUUUAGAUCAUAUCACCUUUGCCAGUCAUGACUUCCCCUGAACCCAUGUUUGAGAGGCGUCGUCUGCCGAAGCUCAUGCCUUGUAUGACGAAGAACAGUUUGGAAACCAUGAGGAACAAAGCUUUGUUCAAUAUGACCGUCCUCGAUGCCAGGAGUGUCCGGAGACUAAAGAUGCCACUUCACGAAUGUCUCAUCCUGGAGCUACAGGAGUCUGGCUACACGGAGUCCGCGGCCUAUCUCCAAGACCUCAUUUACGAUAACCUGCAGCUGAUGGCCGAAGAUGAACUAGGAAUUAUAACUGACUUAAGACAAAAACAUGAAUUCUUAGAACAUAUUUGUGCAGGGCUUCGGAACGCUGAAAAGGAACAGGAUAGAGGAAACAUAAAAGAAGAGUGCUUAGAGUUUUUGAACUUGGGUUUAUAUUUUGCGGAGCAUGGCAAGGGGCUUCUUUGGUUGGCUGAGAAGUUGUUCUUAGUGUCCAUAGCAAUCGCCAGCAAAUACCUUGUCGAUGGCGGUCGACAGAAAGCAGUUAAUAAGUUUCACUACGCGAAAUUUCUUCUGGAGAAGUUUCCAGAAGCAGAUACAGAGGAAGCAUACCAGGUUUUGUCAGAAGUUCGCGAUGCAUCCAACGGAAAGAAAUGGCAAUUAUACGAGGCAACACCUGGUGAGGCCGCGCCUACCAAUAAGAUAACAGUGUUUAUUGCGACAGCCAAUCAGCUACUGAAUGUGCUGCUGCAUGAAGCAAGGAAAUUAAGGACAACCGACGUCGCUAAAGCAGAGAGGUUAUGUCGCUUGGCCGAGAGGAGGGCUACUGACACUGGAAAAGAUGAAAAAAUAUCUGAAGCCAUACUUGAAAUGGGCAUAUGCCAGUUAAAGAUGAACAGCUUAAACAAUGCUCAGAAAUCAUUCGAGAAGUCUUUACAGAUUAAUACAAAUAUUCAUAAUAUCGAAGGUAUCUGUGACGCGAGAAUGCAUCUAGCUGCAGUUUUACAAAAGUUAGGAGACCACGAGGCGGCAGCAGAAAUGUUGACAGAGAUGGGAGCACUAGCGUGGGAGCACCACAUGAGGAGGCACCUGGGCACCGCGCUGCACCUCCUCGGAGAGUUGCAUCUGAAGAGUGGAAGACCAGAGCUGGGCACCCAACACUUGGGGGAAGCCUUCAACUGCUUCAUGGGAAAGGGAUUUGAACAAAGCUACUGUCCUUGUGAUGGCAGUGAAGAUCCUCUAGCCAGAAUGACCGACCUCAACGUGGUUUACAAACAAGAAGCGGAACAAGCCAGACUGAUGAUGGCCGUUUCAGCUGGCCAGGAGUUGAUGUCGUCGUACUUCGCACUGAUUCGCGAGGCUGGCUCGUGCAGCGUUGCCAGGAUGCAAGUCAUCGAGUGGAAGCUGAACCGCCGCCGGUGGACGGAGCCGAAUGAGAAGCAUAACUUGAUCCCGUGCCCGUGCCCGAAGCAUCAACGCACUGCUAUGGAUGUUUUGGAUUAUUAUCUCAAACUCAAAGGAAAGGAAGAAGAAACACAGGAUUUACAAAACCCUUCGUCAUCUCGUGACUUAAAACUUUAGAAAAUAUCUAGCUUAUAUUUAUUUAUCUACCUAUGUAUUAUUUCA